AUGGAAGCUAGUACAAGUUCUAAUCGACCGAUCCAUGUUCGCAAAGGUGAUUUGACAAAAGAACAAACUGAUGUUAUUGUCGUGUGUUCGUCAUCAAUAGGCUUACUCGCAAGUGUAUUACAAGCAGGUGGAGAUACUGUAAUGUCUUCAUACAACACUGAGUUAAGAAAAAAUUCAACACAAAUCAUUGCAGUUGCAGCUAGUGGACAACUGCUAGCGAAAGCAAUUUAUUUUGUUUCAUGGGAACCCAAUUCUGAUGAAAUACUACUCUGUAAAUCAUUGGAAAAACUCGUAUCAAAUGUAAUUAAAAAAGCAACGAAUGAAAAGUAUAAGAGUAUCGCAUUUCCGGCUAUUGGUUGUGGUCAGUCUGGCUGUUCGAUCAAUCUUGUUACUAAAACUUUAAUUGGAAAAGUUCAUCAAUUACGAACUUUCCAUUCAAUGACCGUUUCUUUUAUAAUACAACCAGAUAGAACAGAUAUUUAUAAUGAGUUUCAAAAACAAAUUGACUUAUUAGAACCAUUCGAACAAUUAGAACCAUUAGAACGAACUCCAGAAAUACCAACAGUGUCUGUUCCAAUUAGAAAUGGAAUGAUUAUAGUGGAAAAGGGAAAUAUAACAACACAAAAAGUUGAUGCUAUUAUUGGAAACUCAUCAUCGAUAGCCUUACAAGAUACGAUAAUUAAAGCAGCUGGUGAUGAAGUUGAAACUGCAUGGGAACCAGAUGCAGAUGACUCUAUACUUCGACAAUCGAUCAUCGAUUUCAUAUGGAAUAUUAUCCAGAAUGUUAUCUCCUGUAAUUAUACAUCAAUUGCAUGUCCAGCUAUUGGAUGUGGAGGAUAUGGCUGUUCAGUAGAUAUUGUAGUCAAGACAAUAGUUCAAGAAAUUAAAAAUCAAUUGAAAACAAGAAAUUUAGCAUUGACAGUCAAGUUUGUUAUUCGACCUGAGCAACAAAAUAUUUAUGAUGAAUUUUGUAAACAAGUCUUGGCGUCCGAAGAAGAGAUUUUCAGAGUAUCGCUCGAAGAUCAACUACCAGCAACAUGGGUGAAAUCAACAAGCAAUCAAUUACGAUUUGUGGUGCCGACUAACACAGACGAAUACAAAUCUGUUUUCGAACCGUUCAAUAAGGCAAUGAAAGGAACAUAUACUAAAAUAAUAAAAAUAGAACGUAUUCAAAAUGAGCGAUGGCUUUUGCAAUAUUUGGCACAUAGUCGAGAUUUUAAAAAAAGACUCAGAAUAGAUACUGAAAAACGUUUAUAUCACGGAUGCCCUAAAAAAGCAGCCGAAUCAAUUAUCGAAGACUGUUUUAAUAGAAGUUUUGCUGGAGUGAACGGAACAGCAUAUGGUGUUGGUGUUUAUUUUUCAUCGAAUCCAGUCUAUAGUCAUCGUUAUACUCAACCGAGUGCAAAUGGAGAACGAUGCAUGUUUGUUGCGCGCGUUCUAAUUGGAAAAACGACUAAAGGGAAUAGCUCAAUGAGAACUCGACCUGUGGGAUUCGAUUCAACAAGUGAUGGGAAUCAUAUUUACGUCACUUAUCAUGAUGCACAAGCGCUCGCCGAAUAUUUAAUAACUUAUAAAUAG